AUGCGGUGGUCCUCAAUUUCGGGUAUCUCCUUUCUUCUCUUUUCGCUAUUUACAGUUUGUCUUGCGCAAACGAGAGAAGAGCAAUUCGCGAAUCCACCCAAAGACUAUGAAAGACACCUCGUCUUCCGAGUCAUUCCGAAUAACACCGAACAAUUGAGUCUGCUCAACAAGUUGUAUCUGGAAUCGCACGAGUUUCAUUUGGACUUCUGGAAACCCGCCACCGGUCUUCACCAAUAUGCUGAUGUGAUGGUGCCAGAGAGUCGCGCGAAAUUCCUCGUCAACACUCUCAAUUCGACUGGAGUCUUUUGGAGGGUCACGAUUCCCGAUGUUCAGAGACUGAUCAUCGAACGCGAGUCCCCGAAACAGACUUCUUGGUUCUCACGGCUUGGAAACAAUUUCAUGACAAGACUUUUUAGCAGGCAAAAGAAAGAAACUGGAGCUUAUUACGGAUUUGGUGAUUAUCAUAACUAUGACGAGAUCAUGAGAUAUUUGGAUGAUGUGGCGAGGAUUUAUCCGGACAUUGCAAAGACUUUCAUUGCUGGGACAACGAAUGAGGGACGAGAGAUGAAAGGAAUUAAGAUCGGAAACCCCGCUGAAGACACCACAAAGCGUGUCGUUUGGAUUGACGGUGGAAUGCAUGCUCGCGAGUGGGCCAGCGUUCACACAGCUCUCUAUUUUAUCAAACAACUCGUCGAAAACUACAAUCGAGACCCACAAAUCAAGCGCUUUGUUGAAGAGUUGAACAUUUACAUUCUUCCGUGCGUGAAUCCGGAUGGAUACGAGUACACUCGAAGUGAUAUCACCCCAAAAGCUCGACUCUGGAGGAAAAACCGAGGCCGAAUCAAUUGUAAGAACAGCCGCUGGUGGGGGAAAAUCUGUUGCGGGGGGACGGACUUGAAUCGAAAUUUCGAUUAUCAUUGGAGUGAAACUGGAUCCUCAGCAUCGACCUGUUCCGAGGUUUACCAAGGAGACUAUGCAUUUAGUGAGCCGGAAUCUAGAGCUGUCCGAGACAUGUUGAUGUCAAAUGAACUCUACGGAAAGACAGACGCUUUUGUGACAAUGCACACUUAUGCUCAGAUGUGGAUGCAUCCAUAUGGUACAAGGACUGGCGAUUAUCCAAACGAUGUAGCGGAAUUGAGAGAUGUAGCUCGUCGAGGAGUCAAUGCUUUGGGCAGCGUCUAUGGCACCCGUUUCUCUUAUGGAACUGGAGCCGAUCUAAUGUAUCCUUCUUCUGGUGGCUCGGAUGAUUGGGCAAAGGGGAAAGCGGGAGUGAAGUACACGUAUCUCUUGGAGUUGAGGCCAUCGGAGAGCUCUUGGGACGGUUUCCUUCUUGAUCCAAGACUUUUGAUUCCUGUCGGAGUUGAAACUUGGGAAGGAGUUAAGGUAGUGAUUCAAGAAGUACUCGACCGAAACAGGAACGGCGCUGUUGAUGUUAGAAGCUUUUCGGCUCCAGAAACCGGAAGUAGAAUGGCUUGGUGGAUGAGGCCAACGACAAAAUAUUGGGAAACAACAACGACAGCAUCAAAAACGACAAAAGCUUGGUGGGAAACGACAACAACUGAGGCGCCUUGGUGGUUGAAACCCGAGUAUCAAACAACGACGACACCCAGACCAACUCAGUGGUGGGAGACGACAACAAUGCCUACAACGAAAGCCUGGUGGGAAACGACAACAACAGUUCCUUGGUGGUUCACUACAACAACCGUGCCGUGGACAACCGCUAGACCAUGGUGGCAGACAACUACAGCCACACAAAGCUCACAAUUGAAAUCUCACAAAUCGAGAGCUUGGACUUACAAGGAAAAGAAUAGAGAAUGUCGAGAUCAAGUGCCUUGGUGUGAAUCGUGGAAGCAAGGAAAUCCAACGUUCUGUCAAAAACCUUCCUUCACCGUAGCCACUCAAUGUAGCCGGACUUGUAACAUUUGC